GACCGAGACAACAAUUACGUCGAUUCUAUGACGGGCAUGCCGGCAGCUCGCUGGGGCGGUUACCCUCGCCUCUUCACGGAGAAAACUUCGUCGCUGCUCAACGAGGCUUUGCAGAUGCUGCACAGGGCUAAGGAUAUCCGGGAACGACGCUGGCUCCAGAUGUACGUCCAGAGGCUGGCCACCCUUUCAGGGGACCUGGAGCGGAGCACGACCAACUUUGGGUCGCCUUCGACGGUGCCAUCGCCGCAGCGGAGGUCUCAACAGCAGACGGUACCAACCACGGGACAGAUUAGCCCUCCGCCGUCACCGUCGGCUUCGAGGAUGAAGACACGAACAACCACCCAGGGUUCCGUCCGCGAGGUGGCCAGAGAACUCGGCAAGCCCGAAGAGGUGACCAAGCCCAACUUCCUCAACGAGUACGAUCCCCUGGCCGGCCAGCUUCAUCAGCAGGCCGCCCAUGAGUCCAGGUUACGUGUCACGACGGAAACCUACAGCCUUGAUGCCGGCGGACACGUCCCCAUGCGGCCCACCACUCCCGUAGUAGCGGAUGACAUGUCGCGGCUCAUCCGAAAGAUUCAAAGCAUGGCGGGCCUCGACGUAACGCAAGAGGAAGUCAUGCGGAUGUUUCCCAAGAGAAACGCUCGCUUCGACGGCGUCGGCCAAGACUCCGGGGACGGCGAAAAGGCUUCCACGCGACCGACCAGCGCCCCUACGAGACCUCCGAUCCAGGGACCGACGUCGCCACCCGCACGGCCGGCCAAGGCGGCCGCGGACCGCAGACUUCGGCCCGCGGGAACCGACGUGGACGACCUGGUGCUGCAACUGGAGCGCGAAAAGUUCCUGCCGGAUCGAUCAGCCGACAGCUGGGACAGUCCCGAAGUCGGCGGGACCUCGGCCUCCGAGUCGAGGAACUCCGCGGCGGAAGGGAUGUCCAAGACAUCGAUUCCGUCCAAGACACGGCGCUCCGCUGAGGUCGCGUAAAAGCGCCGUAAUCAAAGAUCGAUCGCUUCAAAUUCACUUCCCGCACCGCCGAGGAGAUGACAGCGCGGCGCUUCUCUCAAAAUUCCCCUUCCCCUUCCUCCGCUUCCUUCGUCCGGCCGGCCGAGCGGACGUGACUCAGGAGCAUCACUGAGCUCGAAGAACGACGUCGAAAACACGAGAGAUCUUGCAGAGAGCGGAGGCCACUUCUGGUGGGAUCAUAGCUCGUCGUCGGCGCUCGGAAAGUGCGCGAGUGGCGACUUGCAAGCGCGCUCGGUGGGUGCUCUUAGGUCUCCCGCGAUGUAAAAAUUUGGGUUUGAAAGUGCUCCCUAAUGUGGAAACGUGGCCAGCCAACCGAAGUCUCGAGUGCGUCGACGGAAAGCGGACUUCCAGAGAACGUCGCUUGGCGUGAUGGUUGGUUGGAACUGACGUUCUUAAUUGCGGGUCCAGAACGAACACGCCUGUGAAUGGAGUGUGCACCGACGACCUUUGCUGACUGGGAAACUACAUUACGGUUAUUACUACGUUCUGACGAAUAUGAGCCCCAAGAAGUAGGCAACUUUGUUUAGAAAUGUAUAUAGUUUCGGACAAGAUGUGAACGGCAGGGAGCCUCUUUCAAACCCCCGCAGUCUCUGCGGCACGCGAUCGUUGACUUUGGCCGUGCUUUGACGGCGCCUGCACGCUCCAAAUUGACGAGACGCCGACCUGUUAACGAUGAGGAGAAGCUCACGUUGGAUGCGGGACAACUGAAAUACCGCCCUGUCGUUCUCAUUUUUUAUGUGGCGUUGUGUUGGGGACGUUUGCUUUCUGCACGUGUCAGUUGCGAAGAAUCUGUGGCACGUCCAUGUUCGACUAAAACGUUAUUGAAAGGUGCCGCAAGAGCAUUUAGUUUAAUGGUAACUCGCAUAUCAAUACGGCGAUACGCGCGUCGCAUCGCUGGCGUUCAGUGAAGGUAAAAUUGUUGUGGUCUCCAUCUAGUUUCAAAGCUUCCGAUGUCACCUCAAUAAUAGGAUUAAGUCCUCAUUUAAUAGGCUUUGUGUGACAUUUAGCCUCUUCAGAAAUGGUUCCAUACUGCCUUAAUUUUGCUCCAAUUAAAAAACAAAAUGUCUCUUAGGAAGAAAAGCAGCUAAACACAGUAGAACGGAACAGGAGCCUCAGUAUUCCCUAAGAAUGUAUAAGGCGCUGAUACAAAGCGUUUGACACCCCCACUUUAAAAGCGAAUGGUGUCACGUCCAGGGAUUUUGUAGUCUUUUGAAGUAAAAGUCAUCCCAGUUGAAAUUAUAAGUUUUAAUAUUUUUCUUUCGUUCUGGGAACCACUUCAAAGAGGUUACCAUUCGUUCAAGACGAGGUUCUGUACGCCGAGCGCCGAGGAUAGUUCUGCGCUUGCGUGAGAUUCGAAGAGCCACCGUGAGGGUUUACGAAGGCGCAUUUACUUUCUUCCUUCUGAGAAACUGACCUGCGUUGCCCCCUGCAGUCGCCUUUGGCAGGGAUCAGGUCCAACUGGUUUUGACAGCACUUUCUUUCAGUCGUUCCUUGGAGUUUGUAAAUACCUCUUUGUGUACAUUAACUUCCUCGUCGUUGUAGAGGAACUGCCGUAUGUACGUUCGAGUGAGAAUGUACGAGCGCCCGUUCGCGGUCUCCGUUUAAAUGCGAGCCAAUAUAUUAUAUACACUUUGGCAAAACAGAAGACAGUCAUGACCGCGGUAGGUGUGCCUGGUCUGAACGUUUUGCAUUUAGAGCUUAAUUAUGUUGCUUUAUUUUAUAACCCAUAAGAUGCCAGUUUUCGUUUCACACUUAAUCAUGUUCAGAAAAACUCUAACGGCAAGCAAAAAAACGCUUACUUUUUUUCUCUUCUUUUUUUUUUCACCAACAAGCGUUGCUAGUGCUCUAUGGUUUUUGUGUCUGAUCGUUCUCAGUCCUAUCAAAAAUAAAAGUUUCGCGUACUUCGUUUGUUUUCUUGCUGUGUACGAUACCUAUGAAAGUUGGACUUGUAUCGACUGCGAGCCUAUAUGUUGGUGACCGUUCUCUUACGAUGUAUUCACACUGGCGGCUGAACCGCGUUCGCAAAGCGCUUGCGAACGCGGUUGCUUAAAGAUUCAAUAGAAUUUCACGCGCGUUUGACGAUGAAAACGAGCGGAUCUGGUUCGCGGUUGCAAUUCGAACUCCAGUGUGAAUGCAACUUUAGUGUGAUUAUCACAACUUCGAGCGUCCAAAGCGACGCCGGUACGUCUGGCUUUGGUCCCGGUAUUUAUCAAGCUAUAAAUGCUGAUAGCUUAUCCCUUCGUUGUUAAAAACCUGAAAGUCCUAUUUCUGUAUGUCUAAACAAUGCUAACCUUAUGAAGAGUGAUAGUAAAUGGUUCCAUAAUGCUUUAUUCGCCUCCAGUGGUAUUUUUAGUAAGAGUAUGUCAAGAGCCGAUCUAAGAGUUUCUUGUACAUUUUCAAUUUCUAUAAAUAUUUGAAAACUGAGAUCAAAAAUUAUUGUCCAUUUUUUCUUGAGAAAAUGUUAGAGCUGAAAACCGAACAGUGGGUGGCGUCCUUUUUCGGCGUGUGUACAUACCAUUGGCAAAUAAUAAACAGCUGGUGUUGCAUUUCUA